ACGCGAACGUGGAUUCUUCCAAAACGCACAACGCAUCAAUCGCCCGGAAGAAUGACUGUUCUCAGCAAUGAGGCCGAGAGAAUUCCGUCGGCAUGGGAGGUGGUGGGUGGGAGAGCACCGCAAGCCGCGCCAGCCCAAUCGAGUGAUGCAGCAGUCGGCAGAGCAGAGCAUGGGAGGGCAGGGGAGGGGAGGGGAGGGGAGGGCAGAUCAGAGGGCAAGAAGAGAAUGUGCGAGAGGACGAUCGAUUGGUCUCACCGGAGCGAGGGAAGUGAGCAGAGCAGAGGACCAGCGGAAGGCAUGGUGACGUGGGCGGCCUCCGACACGUGGCGAACAACAAUUGUCCCUUUUUCUGUCCACGCCGUUGAUGCUCCGGUGGCAGGAGUGGGGCAGGCACAAUCAGCACAGCGCCUUCUCUCCCGUUCUCGUGCGUGCACGGAGAGAAGAUGGCGCCCCGCAGAGCCUCUUGGAUCUUGCUCCAUCGCCCGUUAUGACGUCCCUGCUUUCCCUUCUACAGGCUACCAUCGCCAGCUUCUUCCAGAGCCUCCCUCCCCAAGCCUGCUGUGCCCAUCAUCGAUGCUCCUUCCAAAGCUUCGCGUGAUCUUCUGUGCGUGUGAAGUCCAUACGAACAAGAAACCGAAGCGAUAUGGAAAGUUUUGAACCUCCUGAGAUACAAUUUGUCAUAAUACGUUACAUGCGACUCUUAAUCUCCUGCACAUUUCUUUCUUUCAUAUUGCCAACUGCCAGUGUUGUCUCUGGAGAGCCAGAAAUAUGUGUUCACAGCCAACCUACCUUUCCUAGUGGAUUCGUCACAUAGAAGAGUACAUUUUAUCGAAGAGAAAGCUCCAAGGGCACCAUAGAUUGCGAUAGAUCAUUAGUCGAAAACAACUAAAUCGUUCAUGUGACUCAACAUGAAGAAACAAGCGGAGCAGGUUCCGAGUGACGAUUCAUGCGCUUGUCGGUUUGCACGAAGCAACAACAGUUUCAGCUCUUGGAAGAACCACCAUCAACGAGAACAACAUUCUUCAUCGAACCACUCGCCAAUCAAUGUUGCAAGUUUUGCACCCCAUACAACUUAUCCGACCACCACCCACCUAACAAAAGUCCAAAUUUCUCUCAUUAUGGGCAUGCGCACCUAUUGAAAAUCGAUCACAGCAGAACAAGCAGCAUCCUGAAGCCGAAUGAAAGGAGCCCCACAACUAGGGUUGGAGGCACAGCAAAAUAUUUUGAGGCAUGGCUAAAAGGCAUGCCCCAUGCCCCCAGGCAUGCCCGUAUUUAAAUACGUAUAUUUACGUAUUUGAAAAUGUACAUCCAUGAGAAUAAAUUAUUUUGUAGAAGUAAAAUGGUUGAAAAGUUC